ACGAGUGGAUGCAGGGAUGCACAAGAGAUGCUGGAUCCACAAGAUACGACCGGGUCCUCUUCGCCGAGAUCGAGGUAAUCUGUUCGCAUUCUGUCUGUCUCCCUCUCUCUCUCUGGAAUUGAUGACGCGCGGAAAGCCGACGGCGCGGCAAGAUCGGCCUCCGGGCGCGAUCGCCGGCGAAUCGCCUUUGGAGAGGCAGCGCAGUUUCCGUACGUUAUUUGUGAUAAGUCGUCUUCAAUUUAAUCGUGUGGUGAUUUUGAUUGAAAAACGGAAGUUCAUAACUGAGUCGGAGUGGGUCAUGUACGUACCUACCUAUCUUAUAUUGGACAGGUGCGAAAGCAAUUAGGCAGAUCGAUCGCCGUACGCUCCUGGAACGCAAGCAGUAGCGAUCAUGACGACGAAAUCAUCGGUGGAGGACCUGACGCUUAUGUUACCCCACGACUUGCUCGCCGACGUCCUCCGCCACCUCGGACCGCCGCGCCUCGUCGCCGUGUCCCGCUGCAUCUGCAAGGCAUGGCGCGACGUCAUCGACGAUCAUCGCCUGCUGCGAGCGGACCUCCUUCCUCUCUCUCUGGCCGGCAUCUUUACCGUCAUGCACAGAGACGACUCAGGCAUCCACAAAUACUUCUCGCCCGUUUCUUCCCCGACCAUCAUCGCCCCCUUGGACUACGUGGACACCGACGACCCUGAAUGCCUUACAAUUGUGCAACACUGCAAUGGUCUGCUCCUGCUUGGCUAUGAGGAAAAAAGGGUACUUAAUCCAGCCACACGACAGUGGGCGUGCUUGCCUCCUCCCCCGCCCAUGUUCACGCCUGGCAUGGAGGACGCCGAUUGGUAUUUGGAGUCAGGCAUGGACAAUCACCAUCAGUAUCUUGUCUUUGACCCGACUGUGUCACCGGACUAUAAGGUCUUUUCGAUCAAGUAUGUUCCUUGGUAUCCCUCUCCUGAUGACAUGCAUUUGGCGUGUCGUGAAAUCCAAGAACGAGAAUGGCCACCGUCGAAAUUUGUUUUGCACAUCUAUUCGUCGAGGACAAAGGAGUGGGAGGAGAAGACAUUCCUUCGGGAAGGCGAGGCUGCAGGGAAGAUUGGCUAUAUGUUACAGACAAUGCAAACGACCCAACGUUAUGCGACAUACUGGCGGGGAUCUCUUUACGUCUGUCAGCAUGAAUUUCUUAUGAGAAUAAACUUGUCAAAUGGCACGUACCAAGUGAUUGACCUCCCAAAAGGUUGUCAUGUAGUGUUUUUUGAAAACUUUUAUAUAGGAAAAUCAGAGAAAGGAAUUUAUUGUAGCGUCCUGUAUGGAUUCUACGGACUUCAAGUUUGGUUCCUCCACGAGUCAUUUAGUCAGGCGAAGUGGAAGUUGAAGCGUGACAUCAAUCUUAAACCUCUAUUGGCUGACUUUCCAUGGAAAUAUGAUAAUAGGCCCUGGACCUUUCAAUAUGGUAAUGUCAAUGAUGAUCAGGAUGGCAUGAGAAAAGCACCGAUGGAUGAAGAAUUUGAUUGGGGUAUUGAGGACUCUAAACCACAAGAUAGUGGAUAUGCCCCCCAUAGAUAUGCUAUUUCUCUGCUGGGAUUUCAUCCUAACGAAGAGGUGGUCUUCUUCCAUACACCCUCUAAACGAGUAGUGGCCUAUAAUUUUGAUUGCUCCAAGAUUGAAGACCUGGGGAGCUUCCCCACAGAAAGUGACCACGAAAUACGCAUGUCGUUUCCAUACACACCAUGUCAGACUGGUGAGCUAUCAGACAACUAGUUUAAUUAUACUAUGAGAAUUAAUAAGCAUAUGCAAUUCUUGUUGUUUAGUUUAUAUACACAAGAGCGAUUGAUUUUAUAUUGUUGUGAAAAAUUGUGAACAAAUGAUGGUUUUGCUAGAACAUUAUUGCCUACAUUUCAACAUAAGCAAACUUGAUAAAUUUCUAUCAUCAGACCCACAUAUUGGGACCUGUCUACACGCAUAUUCGGAACUUAACCAUCAAUACAGG